AUUUUCGGUCUCAAUGUUUAUAUUUUUGUCUCUUCCUUUUAGUGUUAACUAUUAACUCCCAUCUAACUGUUGUACAUUAUUAUUUAUAUUAUAAUUAGUGUGUUUGGUGAUCGUAAUUAAAUUUAAUUAACCACAAUGGCUGGUAAAACUGUUUCUAAUAAGGAUUUACCAGUUCUCAAAGUAAUCAUGGUUGGUACUGGAGGUGUUGGUAAAUCAGCUUUGACCUUACAGUUUCUUUAUGAUGAGUUCAUUGAGGACUAUGAACCAACCAAAGCUGAUGUUUACCGUAAACCGGCAAAUGUUGAUGGAGAAGUUGUCAUGGUGGACAUUUUGGACACUGCAGGUCAAGAAGAUUAUGCUGCUAUAAGAGACAAUUAUUUCCGAUCAGGAGAAGGUUUUCUUUGUGUAUUUUCCAUUUUAGAAGAAGAAUCUUUCCAAGCAACUCAUGAAUUUCGUGAACAAAUUUUAAGAGUUAAAGGUGAUGAUGUUAAUAUCCCUUUUCUACUUGUUGGUAAUAAAGCUGAUCUCGAGGAUAAACGAAUCGUACCAAAGGCUGAUGCUCAACGAUUAGCUGAUUCAUGGAAUGUGCCAUAUAUUGAAACAAGUGCUAAAACUCGGACUAAUGUGGACACCAUUUUCUAUACCUUAAUGAAAGAUAUUUAUAAGAAAAAAAUGGCCGAAGCAGCUACAAGUAAUGGACCUAAAGCCAAGAAAUCAAAGAAAAAGAGGAAAUCAAAAUGUUUACUUUUUUAAAGAAAACUAGAAAAAGAGACCAGGAAGAAUACGAAAAGGAAGACAAAGAGAUGAAGACAAGAGGAAAAGACGAAAGAAGAAGCAACAAAAAAAACCCUUAAAAAACCGUAAAAAAGCAAAACAGCAAAACAAAACAAACAAAAUUACCAAAAUUAAGUAACCAGAAAGAUUAAGUGAAUAAAUUUUACUGCUGACUGAUUAAAGACAACAACCAAUCAACACAAACACACAACAUAAACAAUUUUUUUCUGUUUUGCUGAAAAGCUGGUCAUCAUCAUCAUCUACAUCAUCACCGCCAUCACCAUCACCAUCAUCAUCGUCGUCAUCAUCAGAAAAAAAAGAAAACAUCAAAAUCAUCAACAAUGAAACAAUUACAAAGCUAUUAAAGAUCCAGACCCAAGAUAAUGAGAAAGGAAAAUACAAAACUUUUGGAAUCAAUUGCGAUACCGUUUAGAAGAUGACAAAGUCAAGUUUCUUCAAUGAAAGAUUGCAACUCAAGCCAAAAAGGACCAAAUCAUCGUUUACUUUUUGUUCCCGGAUGAUUGAUUAAAAUGGAAGCUGAUUACCACACCUUUUGUUAUAAUAGAAUCGGUAGAGAGAGAGAGAGAGAGAGAGAGAGAGAGAGAGGAGAGGAAGAAAAGACAACUUAUCUUCUUUCUCUCUCUCUUUAAAAAAAAUGAUCUCCAAUGAAUGAAUCAAAUAAUCAUCACAUACAAUAUACAACGAAAACAUAAUUCAUUGGAGUGAGAAGUUGUAAAGAAAGUUUUAGUUUUUUCUUUUAAUUAUAUUAAGGGAAGAUUCAAACCACGUUGAAUCUUUGUUUAUCUUUGAUUGUUUCCAUUUCAUCUUCUUUUUCUCUCUUUUUUGUCUUUUCUUUUGUUUUUGUUAUAAGUCUCGACAAAUCGAACAACAAAAAGAGAAAUUUGAGACAAAUGAGCUGCGAAAAACUUUUAUAUAAACUGCUGAUGAUGUUUCGAAUCGGUAA